GGAAAUUUGCCUUUUGAAGGAAGGCAGGAAGGCAGGAAGUCUGGAUUCCAGGCUGGAGACAGGUGACAGGAAUUUCAGGAAGUAAAAGAAUGGAAAGCUAAAUGAAGUUUUCCCUCUGACCACCCGCCUUAAAAUGGACCAGAAAAUCCUCUCUCUGGCAGCAGAGGAGGAAGCAGAGCAGCUUCAGGCCUGUUUACAAAACCUGAAAGGAAAUGAGUUGUGUGACCUGGUUACAAAGCAGGCUUUGAGAGGGAAGGAGAUCUGUGCUUUUCUCAGAGGGAUCUUCAAAGGUUCUCCUUGCUCCCAACAGAAUGGUGUUGUUAGGAGACUUAGUAUUUACAAGCACUGUAUCCAGUUGGUGGAAUCGGGGGACUUGCAUGUGGAAUCUGCAUCUGAGAUUAUACGGCUCCUUAUGUUAGAGGCUCAAAGGCUGCCAGGCCCUGCCUUGGCUGAUUUGGCCACUUUCUUUGUUGAUGCCGUCAAAGGAGGCAGCCUGCUCAGCGGUAAAUCCUUGGAGCUGUUUCCUACAGUUCUAACUGCACUGGCCACAUCCAAAGAGACCGUGGUUUAUGGAACAGGUGAGCUGAAUGGAGGAGAACUAAAGAAACAACUGAUCAAUACCCUGUGCUCUAGCAGGUGGGGUCAUCAGCAUGUGAUUCGUUUAACUUCUAUGUUCAGGGAUGUUCCACUAAGUACAGAAGAGCUGCAGUUUGUGGUGGAGAAGGUCCUAAGGAUGUUUUCUAAGUUAGACCUUCAAGAAAUCCCUCCUUUAGUUUAUCAGCUCCUGUUGCUUUCUUCCAAGGGCAGCAAGAAAAACAUAUUGGAAGGAAUCAUCAACUUUUUCAACCAAAUGGAUAAAAAGCUAAAAGAGGAACAGAAGAAUUCAGAGUCAAUGGACCUUGAAGAAGCCACGGUUCCUGCAGAUCAGCUCCGUCAUGUGGAAGGCACCAUCAUCCUGCAUAUAGUGCUGGCCAUUAAUUUGAACCAGGAUUUAGGAAAGGAGCUAAUAAAAUACUUAAAGGCGGAGCAACAGGGAGACCCCAGCAGAGCCCUGUGUCCCUUCAGUGUCACCAUUCUGCUCUCAAUGGCCAAAAUACGCCGGUUUGAAGAGCAGGUGUUUGACUUCCUCAAAACAUCGAUUAUGAGAAGCUUCAAGGACAAGCAGUUCCUCCAAGGCUCCAAGUUUCUACAGGACUUAGCUCCUCAGCGCUAUGAUAUAUCUGCUGUGUUUUUAGAAGUUGUAGCGAACAGUGUAUUUGGCUGGGAUCAUGUGACGCAGGGCCUGGUGGGUCUGGGAUUCAUCCUGAUGGACUCCUAUGGGCCGAAAAGACCCUUUGGGGGUAAAAGCAUGGAAACUAACCACAGUCUUUCCAAAACUCCAGCUCAGCAAUCGUGCAAGUUAGGAGCUGAUAUCCUAUUGGAAGCAUUCAAGGUGCAUGAGCUAAUAAGAAGUGAAAUACUGGAACAGGUCCUGAACAGAGUCAUCACAACUGCAGGUUCCUCCGUCAGCCACUUUAUAGAUCUUUUGUCCAGCAUUGUAAUGUCUGCUCCCCUUGUCCUUCAAAGCUCGUCCUCCAAAGUUGCAGAGGCUUUUGAUCAUUUGUCAUUCCUGCCUCUUGAUACAGUGCAAGGGCUCCUUAAAGCUGUGCAGCCUCUGCUCAAAAUCAGCAUGUCAAUGAGGGAUUCCCUGAUCCUUGUUCUUCGUAAAUCCAUGUUUUCAGGGCAGUUGGAUGCCCGCAAGUCAGCAGUCGCUGGGUUUUUGCUCCUCUUGAAGAACUUUAAACUCCUGGGCAGCUUGACCUCAUCUCAGUGCAGCCAAGCCAUUGGGGCAAGUCAGGUCCAGGUGGAUGUCCACGCUCACUAUAAUGCUGCAGCCAAUGAGGCCUUCUGUCUAGAAAUCCUGGGCAGUUUGAGGCGAUGCUUGAGCCAGCAGGCUGAUGUCAGGCUCAUGCUCUAUGAGGGUUUUUAUGACGUUUUGCGUAGGAACUCACAACUGAGCAAUUCCGUUCUGGAUAUGCUUCUCUCCCAGAUGAAGCGGUAUUACGAAACAGAGCCUGACUUGCUGCCUCCGAUAAAACUCGAGGGGUGCAUCCUGGCACAGAGAGACCAAAUCUUCCUGCAAGAACCUUUGGCACAUUUACUCUGCUGUAUCCAGCAUUGCCUAGCCUGGUAUAAGAAUACCUUGACUCUGCGUCAGCAGAAUGAAGAAGAUGCGGAUGAAGAGGAAGAGGAUGAGAAAGGCUCCGAGCAAGAAUUGGAGGAGAUGCUGGAGUCCAUCACACGGCGAAUGAUCAAGAGUGAACUCGAAGAUUUUGAACUGGAUAAGUCAGCAGACUUUUCUCAAUCUACUGGAGUGGGCCUGAAGAACAAUAUCUACGCCAUUUUGGUGAUGGGUGUCUGUGAGGUCCUGAUUGAGUAUAAUUUCUGCAUAGGACAGUUCAGCAAGAGCAAAUUUGAAGACGUUCUGGGUUUGUUUAAGUGUUACAGCAAACUUUGUGAAAUCUUGAAAGAGAAAGCUGGAAAGAAUAAGCUCACCGUUGCAAAUAAAAUUCCUCAGAGCUUCCUUUCUAUGGGCUUUGUGUGCAACUUGCUCUCAAGUCUCUUCAGGGACAGUUCCCUGAUCCACGAGGAGAGCCUGGCCAUUUUGCGUUCCAGCAAUGAAUUCAUGCACUAUGCGGUCAGUGUAGCAUUACAGAAAGUGCAACAGUUGGAGGACAAGGGGCAAACAGAUGGACCCGAUGGGCAGAACCAAGAGAAGAAUUUCCAAAACCUCUGCAAAAUCACUCGAGUCCUGCUUUGGAGAUACACCUCCAUCCCAACCGCAGCUGAAGAAUCAAGGAAGAAAGAGAAGGGAAAGAGCAUCUCACUGCUGUGCUUGGAGGGCUUGCUGAGGAUUUUCAACACCAUGCAACAGAUUUUCCCCAAAAAGAUUCCACAAUUUCUACAGGCACUGGAUACUACAGAUGAAGAUAUUGAAGAGGGAAAUAUUAAUGCCACUGAGAAAGCAGCCUUCCAGAUUCGACAGUUUCAGAGGUCUCUGGUGAACCAGCUCAGCAAUGCCGAGGAAGAUUUCAGCAGCAAGGAAGCUCUUCUGCUGAUCAACAUUCUUGCAACCCUUUCCAGACUGUUGGAGCCUUCUUCCCCCCAGUUUGUGCAGCUGUUGUCUUGGACAGUCAAGAUUUGCAAGGAGACCGGCCUGGAAGAUGCCCCUUGCUGCAAGGGUUUGUUGGCUCUGCUCUUCAGUCUGCACACUUUCGUCAAAAGUCCCGUCACCAUCCUGCGGGACAUUGCCCAGGACAUCCACGCCCAACUUGGGGACAUAGACCAGGAACUUGAGAUAGAGCACCAGGCCCACUUUGCUCUUGUGAAUUCGAAGACAGCAGUUCCCACGGCCUGCUUGCUGAGCUUGGGUCAAGCAGAUAAGGUCCUAGAGGAAGUGGAUUGGUUGGUAAGCAAAAUGAAGAACCAUUUGGGACUGGAGGCAGCAGGAAAUGCUUCUCAGGCAACAACAAACCAGCCACUCGAAAAGGCCGUCGUCCUUCAGCUCGGCACUCUGCUGACCGCUUACCAUGAGCUGCUGCAAACGGCCUUGCCCACGGGGAGCUGCGUGGACACCUUGCUCAGGAGCGUCAGCAAGAUGUACACUACUCUCACCGCCCUUGUCAAAUACUAUCUCCAGGUGUGUCGGAGCACAACGGCAGGGAUCCCAGGACGGUUUGAAAAGCUGGUCAGACUCUCUGGUUCCCACUUGACCCCCCAGUGUUAUGCCUUCAUCACUUAUGUUCAGAGUGAAACCGUAAGUUUUGCGGCAGAAAAGAAAAAGAAGGAGAAGAUAUCAGCAGAAGUUUCUACUGUCGUGGCCAAAGUCUUGCGGGAGACGAAGCCAAUCCCAAACUUGAUUUUCGCAAUAGAACAAUACGAGAAUUUUCUGAUCCAUCUCUCCAAAAAGUCCAAGGUAAAUUUGAUGCAGUAUAUGAAACUGAGUACCUCUCGGGACUUCCGCAUCAACGUCUCGACGGUGGAGAGUGCGCUACAGGAACAGGAUGCAGAUGAUGCUGAGAAUGAACCCGACAAUGACCAGCAUCCCGCUUCGGCGCAGUCGGACACCAGCCAGGAACCCAAGAGGAAGAAGCGACGGAAAAAAUAAGAGCUUUUAUUUGGAUCAAGUUAUGGUUUUGUCCUGACAAAAAACAAAAGUUGUUUCCCCUUUGGGAAUGUUAUCACUGGUGAAUUAUAAAAGUUGCCAGCUUAGUGCCUUAAGUUCCAUGGGAUUCCCUGAAUGCUAACACGACUAUUAGUCUGCUUACAACUGUUCUAUAAUGCACUUGCGGAGCAUAAUUGAAGCGCAGCCCUUCCUUUUUUGGGAAAAGCUGAGAAUUUGCCUUUAAAGUUGAACUCAUUUGUUGGUUUUCCACCUUCCUCUUGAUAUUCUGACAGUGAAAAGAAUCCAACGGAGAAUGGAGCUGGUCGUUGCGUAAAAGUCUGAUAGCGGAAGGAUUUCCUGAGCCAAUAUGUAACAUUUUAGCUUUGAAACAUCUGAAACCCUAUUUUUCUUUCUCCAAGGAGCUUUUGGUGAUUUUGAGGAGUUGGUAUAUAUCCAAAGCAUCACCUGGGGAAGAGAAAGAGAGGAAGAUGUCAUAUUCCUUUCACAUAAAACCUUUUUUGGGGGAGUUUCCCCAAAUUCACACAUUUGUGUUGCACUUCUUACUAAGUGAAUGUCAAUAAACAAACAAGGCUGCAUUGUAAA